CCUGCUAAUAUCCCAGUCUCAAGGCUUCUACUAGGUGUCACACAGUGCAUUUCAGAGAGCUCUGCUUUCAAUUACCAGGGAGUGCGCCAAACAAUGCUAUAGAUUUUGUGAUGAGCUUAAACAUUCCAUGUGACAGACAUUAAUCCCAUUUUGGCAGGUUCUUGGAUGUAGUGACACUCCAGUGACAGUAUCAAAAAAGAGGGGGGGCAAGAGGUGUCAGCAAUGUGCCCUGCUAGGCCUUUUGCUCUGAUGAAUCAGGGCUUUUAACUCUAUGCACUGGAUCUAGACAUUUGGCAGCGCUACCAGAGCUCCAAAUCCCAGUCAUUAAAAGAACAAAUAAAGUUUGAUCCAUGAAGCGUUGAUUGAGGCGUAUAAAGCGUGGCCCACAGGCCCCCGUUGGCAAGGCUGUUACUUUCAGAGUCUCCAGAGAGCUGUGCAGGAUGAGUAAGAUAAUCUUUUAUGAGGAGCGAAACUUCCAAGGUCGCUCCUAUGAGUGCGACACGGACUGCCCUGACAUGCACCCCCACUUCAGCCGCUGCAACUCCAUCAAGGUGGAGAGCGGCUGCUGGGUCCUGUACGAACGACCAAACUACUCUGGAUACCAGUACGUGGUAACCCGUGGGGAGUAUCCAGAGUACCAACACUGGAUGGGCUACAAUGACUCCGUACGCUCCUGUCGCACCUUCAACUAUGCCAGUGGUGGUUCUUAUCGGAUGCGCGUCUAUGAGCGCCCUGAAUUUCAGGGUCACAUGAUGGAGUUCACCGAUGACUGCGAGUCUGUCCAGGAGAGCUUCCCGAACCACAACAUCUACUCCUGCAACGUCAUUGAGGGAUACUGGACCUUGUACGAGCAUCCCAACUACCGGGGCCGUCAGUUCUUCCUCAGGCCUGGCGAGUACCGCAAAUUCAGCGACUGGGGUGCUGCCUGCGCCAACACUGGCUCCUUCCGGAGAGUCACUGAUUUUUAAGAAGUCCGCCACUGUUUUCCGUGCGUCUCUUUGGCACUGGUUUGUCAAUAAAAGAGCAUGCAUAACAUA